AGUCGCAGCAAGCUAUCGAGCCGCCAUCGAUUCUGCUGCUCCGUGCGCCGCCAUCAUGGUGCGGAAACUUAAAUUCCAUGAGCAGAAGCUGCUGAAGCAGGUGGACUUCCUGAACUGGGAGGUUACCGACCACAACCUGCAUGAACUGCGGGUGCUGCGGCGGUAUCGGCUGCAGCGACGCGAGGACUACACGCGCUACAACCAACUGAGCCGCGCGGUCCGGGAGUUGGCGCGGCGCCUGCGCGACUUGCCAGAGCGCGACCCGUUCCGCGUGCGCGCUUCGGCCGCGCUGCUGGACAAGCUGUACGCGCUCGGCCUGGUGCCCACGCGCGGCUCGCUCGAGCUCUGCGACUUCGUCACCGCCUCGUCCUUUUGCCGCCGCCGCCUGCCCACCGUGCUCCUCAAGCUACGCAUGGCGCAGCACCUCCAGGCCGCCGUGGCCUUCGUGGAGCAGGGCCACGUGCGGGUGGGCCCCGAUGUGGUCACCGACCCCGCCUUCCUGGUCACUCGCAGCAUGGAGGACUUCGUCACCUGGGUGGACUCGUCCAAGAUCAAGCGGCACGUGCUGGAGUACAACGACGAGCGCGACGACUUCGAUCUGGACGCCUAGCGGAUCCAGCCGGGCAGCUGAGGUCUGCUGCUUGAGGUUCUUCGAGGACUCACCGCCCAAAAGGGUGUCUGCCAACCAUCAGCUCUUUAGGACUUGGCUCUUCAGCUGCAGGCCAGGCUCAGAACCACAGGGUACGCCUGUUUUCGGGGAAAUUUGUUAGGCCUUGGACUCUACUGACCAGUGACUGCCUUAGGAGUCCGUGGGGAGCAGUUUUGUGCCACUCCGAGUAAUUGCUCGGAUUCUUAGCUCCAGGACAUUGCAGUGUGACAGGGAGAACUUUGUGCAAGCCCCCUAAACGCACUGUGCUAGUUUUUCGUUGAUUGUUUCGUAGCAAGAGAGUUUGAUUUAAUUUAUUUAGCUCGAAUCCUUACUCUUGCUUGAUUAAGUUGUGUACAUAGGAGACUUAAAUGUUCAGGGCCCCCUCCAUGGUUUAGAGGAAUGCUUUCUUAUUGCCAAUAAACGGACCUUUUUUCUAAGCGCA